CAAAAGCAGGGAGGUCAGGCACUGAGCGACGCGGCCAUGCAGGCAGGCCAGGGGCAGGAGCAUGGGCGGCGGCGGGGCUGCGACCCGCGGGGUUGCCACCCGCUCCCUUGCCACCCCCGCCCCUGCGACCCUGCGACCCUGCCCGAGCCCAGCCUAGCGCAGCCCGGCCAGGCCCGGCCGCAGGGGGCGCCGUCCCGCCCGCUUGAGCCUGUACCCGCCGCGGCGCCGGCGCGUCACGCUGCGUCAGGGCCGCGCCCCGCGCGACGACGCUGCCGCGCGGCCCCGCCCCCAGGCCCGACAGCCUGGAAGCUGCUGGAGCUUCUGCCGCUGCCCCGCAACCGGCGCGAGUCGCGCGCCGUGCAGAGGCCGCCGUGGGAGGCGGCUCCCGGCUCUGGCAGACGGCUGCCCCCAGAGCCGCAGUGCCAUGCGCAGGUGCUUGCGCCCGUUCUUUGGUUAGCGAUCUUUCGGUUAGGAACGCAGGUGGACCUGCUUGUUGGCCGUUUGCAUUCCGGAGUCUGUGCCUCUGGCCGAGGCUUGUCGGAUGGUCGUUGGGCUUCCUCGUUGGUUCAGGUGCUUCGUGAUUUAGCUUACUGCAGACGCCAGCAGCAAACGCUCGCGGAGAGCGCGGUCCACUCUGCUCUGAGGGCUUUCACAGGGGCAGGCGCUGCUAUUUCCUCGCAUUUUCCUCGAGGAAAUGGGCAAAGAGAGUUGUAGUAAAUGUUCCCUGGGAGAGUCCCCUUCGGAAGAUAUUUGCCGUAUUUUCAACGAAGGACUCUCCAGGAUUAAUGAGCGAC